CUUUCUUUCCAAAUUAUAUUUGCAAUACGACCAGGACUAGGAUGUCUCAGUAUAAGUAAAAGGUGAAAUCUAAAGACGAGUAGAAUACCAAUACAGUGCAAAAUAAAGUUUUUCGAUCGCAACAUUUGCAAAAGAACAAGAAAUACAAAAUUAUGGUAGUCGACACCGCGGGCCACAAAUUCGAGUUUUCGCCAGUCCGGCGAGAGCGGUUCAAUCCUUCCGCUCAUGCGCAGGAGCUGAAGAAGAUAAAAAUUUGUUUUCUAGGCGACUCUGACGUUGGCAAGUCGUCACUUUGCACGACUCUAGCCGAAAGGAAUCUGUCAGCGCUCUGCAGACAUAAUAUGAACCUCUUUACGACCGGAAGUGGAAAUAGUUAUGCUCGUCAGAAGAUGAGAUAUUCUUAGAGCAGGAUCAGAAGAAGUACUCAUUGGGAAGUACUUACAGAUACAAUGAUCCUUCCGCUCAUGCACAGAAACUUCUUGAAGAGUCAUGCUUGUCCUAGAAACUUGUUCAUGAGGAACUACAGAACACUGCUAUCGUCCGCAUCUAAUCCCGCGGUUCCUCCUUGAAGACUGUUGGCGUGGACCUCUGUUCGUUCCUGAUCCUGAAGGACCGACCCGGCGCGGGCGCGGCCGGUCGCGGAGCUGCAGCAGCAAAGAUGAACUCGGCAUUCAGGACGUAUCAGGUGAACAUAUGGGAUCUUGGUGGAGGCCCACAAUUCGACGAAAUAAGGACCGAGUUCUACAAUUAUGGAGAAUGAUCCCCCACAGGAGUUCGACGAAAUUAUAUGGACAGAGUUUUACAAUCUAUCCUUUAUCUACAUUCAUUUCUUCUUACUUUUCCUAGUUAGAUUGGCUCCACCUAUAUUAUUUUGAAGAAUGAUGCAUGUUCUACUUGAUGUUGUUGUCAACAACAACAUGCUGUAUGGUGCCAUUCUACUACCUCUUGCCCCAAGCUACAUAUGAUCCACCAACUGCAACAACUCUACCCCUCCUAUGGAGUCAGUUUGAAAAUGAAUAAGGCUCAAUCUUCUGGAUCAAAACUGCCUCUCCUCCUCUAAUCCUUAGAGAGCCAUCUCGUUUGCCUCGUGUGCGACGCGGGGAGUAGACGGAGCCAAGCAAGCCUCGAAAGCUGGUACCAAGAGGUCCGAAAAAGCGGCAACGAAGGCGCGACGGUGAAGAUGUGCGUGGUACUGUUUACUAAGUAAUUGCAAAAAUCUCUAGAGGAUCUUUCACGCUUUAUUUCUAGACGAGGCCCCCUUUCUUCACGCUUUAUUUUGUGUAGCUGAUUUACCUGCAACCCCGACCACCAACGCGACCACGCUCCACAAAAGGUAGUAAACAAAUCCGAUUCCACGCAAGCGAAUAGCAGCACGUGCAAAGAAUGGGCGAAGGCGAAAAACGUGCCUGUGUUCGAAGUGUCUGCAACCGCGGGAACCAACGUCAACAUGCUUUUGGAGUAUUUUGUACAGGAAUGCGGAUAGAUGCCCCGGUUGCGAGCAAAAUCUUCUUCUUCACAUGUAAGGACACUUUUUAACGAGGAUAAUGAUAGCAAGGAUGUUAAAAUUAGUGAUGGAUAGAAACGAUCCUGGAAACGCAGUAUUUGGACUGUCGCCAAUAUCCAAUACUUGUGCCUGGCGUUGUACGUGUAUGUUGCACAGUGUAGUGAUAAAUAUUACGACUACGAGAACCUCACUCAUACAUUAGAGGGAUUGGGAUGCUUUGUGGGUGUAUAUGUG